AGAAUCUCUCAGAGAAUGUGUAUUCUUGUGUUCUUGUCAAAAAAAAUUCUGUGUUUCUGAAAUUUUAGAGUUUUAAUAUUGAGAAUAUAUGUCCAUUUGCAAUUGUUCUAAAUGGUGAUUUUCCCUUGAGACUCUGCAACACUGCGGAUUUGCCUCUUUUCCAACAAAUUCUCAUGCACUGAGAUCAAUGAUAUUUGUUCAAUUAAUUGAUGACACCUUCGGGAGGAUAUGAACCAAACAACAAAUGCAACAGUUUAAGACGCUUUUCACUCAAACAGCUAUAAAAUAUUCAAAAGAGUGGAGCACAUUUGGCACAUUAAAUAAAUAAAUCAGUAGGAAGUGGAAGAAAAUAUAAGAUUGCCCCCGAAAAUGGUGACAAUGACAUCGGAAGCUACGGACAAAGGAACAACAUCCAAUGAGUCCAACACUUCAAUCGUCCCGAAGAAAUAUGUUACGAUGGCGGGCGGAGAAGAUGCUCCAAAUAUAUUGGUGUAUAAAAAGAUGGAGUCUAUCAUUGAACGGAUGCAGAGUGAGUCCGGUGGUGUUGCUGUUCGGACCAUUAAGGCAUUUAUGAGCAAAGUGCCAUCUGUCUUCACUGGGGCUGACUUAAUAGCCUGGAUUAUGAAGAAUUUGGAUGUUGAAGAUUUAAAUGAGGCACUUCAUUUAGCCCAUCUUCUAGCUUCUCAUGGAUAUUUAUUUCCCAUCGACGAUCAUAUUUUAACCGUAAAGAACGACGGUACCUUCUAUCGUUUUCAGACACCGUACUUUUGGCCCUCAAAUUGCUGGGAGCCCGAAAACACUGACUACGCCGUUUAUCUCUGCAAGAGAACAAUGCAAAACAAGACACGUUUGGAACUGGCUGAUUAUGAAGCAGAAAAUCUAGCCAGACUACAGAAAAUGUUCUCCAGGAAAUGGGAGUUUAUCUUUAUGCAGGCUGAAGCCCAGAGCAAAGUGGACAAGAAGCGUGAUAAAUUGGAACGAAAAGUUUUGGACUCGCAGGAACGUGCAUUCUGGGAUGUACAUCGCCCAAUGCCGGGUUGUGUUAAUACCACCGAAAUGGAUAUUAAGAAGGCGUACCGUCGUGGUGGAUCCAGUAGUUUAGGUUCUGGGUCUGCUGGGGCAUUGAGCAAUAAUCCUGUUGAACAGAUGACCCGUACAAUAGGAUUACUGAAACAGAGAAUGGAAAGGCGUACAAUUAAAAUAUCUAAAAUAGCUGAGAGCUAUAUAUCGUACUUUGAGCAAUAUAACGACUAUGAUUUUUUCCUAACAACCCCCGAACUUCCUAAUCCAUGGCAGAGCGAUAACACAGAGUUGUGGGAACAAGAUAAAUCAGCCAAGGAGGUGCCACUAAGGCGUGUUAAACGCUGGAGUUUCAGCUUACGAGAACUUCUAAAUGACCCAGUUGGGAAUGAGCAAUUUGCAAAAUUUUUGGAGAAGGAAUACAGCAGUGAAAAUUUAAAAUUCUGGGAAGCUGUGCAGAAUAUGAAGACUCUACCGCAAUCUGAGGUUAAGGAAGCAGCCCUAAAUAUCUGGAAGGAGUACAUGGCUCCUGAUGCACCGUGUCCCGUCAACGUUGACUCCCGGUCUGUAGAAUUGGCUCGUGAAGCCGUUAUGUCUUCGGGUCCCAUCAAUCGAUGGUGCUUCGAUGUUGCUGCCGCUCAUGUCUACCACCUCAUGAAGAGUGAUUCAUACUCAAGAUACUUGCGAUCUGAUAUGUAUAAGGAAAUUCUCAAUGGAUCGAAGAAGAAGGUAAAAUCCAUUCCCAACCUCUUCGGUGUUAAGCGUUAAUUGAUGGAUUGGGGAUGAAUUGAAAAUUAAACUCACUAUAUGGAUUA